AUGUAUCGCAUCUGGAAUAUUUAUGUUUUGGCCGCUUUCGGCACCAUUGGCGGCAUGCUGUUUGGCUUCGACAUCAGCUCCAUGAGCGCCUGGAUCGGAUCGGACCAAUACCUCGACUACUUUCACCGGCCCGACUCCACCCUACAAGGAGGCAUCACGGCCUCAAUGUCUGCUGGAUCACUUGUCGGAGCUCUGGUCGCUGGCUUCCUGGCGGACAGGCUUGGGCGUCGCGGAGCCCUGCAGGCUGCCUCGGUCGUGUUUGUCGUGGGCGCCGUGUUGCAGGCCUCGGCUCAAAACGUCGCUCACCUGAUUGUUGGCCGUGUCGUCAGCGGGCUGUCUAUUGGCGUUACUAGUUCGCAAAGCUGUGUAUACCUUGCCGAGCUGGCCCCGUCGCAGAUCCGUGGCCGCAUCGUUGGUAUACAACAAUGGUCCAUUGAAUGGGGCAUCUUGAUCAUGUACUUGAUAUCCUAUGGUUGUGUCAACGCUAUUCACUCGCCGAACGCCUUCCGCAUCUCUUGGGGAGUCCAGGGAAUACCGGCCAUUGUGCUGUUUGUGGCCCUGUUCUUCUUUCCCGAAUCUCCUCGAUGGCUCGGUCAGAAAGACCGCUGGGACGAGUGCUGGGAAGUGCUUGCACACCUGCACGGUCAUGGGGACCGAAACAGCCCCGUCGUCCUUACUGAGCUAGAAGAGGUCAAGGAGGCUGCACGCGUAGCAGCAGAAUCAUCAGAUGUCAGCGUCUUGGGCCUCUUUGGCCCAGGAAUGUGGAAACGCACCUUGGCUGGAUGUUCUGUACAAGUCUGGCAACAGUUGCUCGGUGGAAACGUUAUGCUCUACUAUCUGGUCUACAUUUUCAACAUGGCAGGAAUGAGUGGAAAUGUAGCCUUGACUUCGUCCAUCAUACAAUACGUCAUCUUCCUCGUGACAACUGGCGGGAUACUUCCCAUUGUCGACCGCGUCGGCCGCAGAACUCUUUUGAUCGCCGGAGCCAUCGUGUGCUGCAUUAUCCACUUUGCAACCGGAGGCAUCAUGGCCUCGUACGGACACCCUGUCGACAGCAUCAAUGGAAAUGACAUUCUUCGGUGGGAGAUUAGCGGCGCACCGGCCAAGGGCAUCAUCGCACUUUGCUACAUCUUUGUCGGAGUCUACGGAUUGACGUGGGCUCCGAUCGGCUGGAUUUACUGCUCCGAGGUGUUCCCGCUCAAGUAUCGUGCCGUCGGUGUCGGUCUCUCUGCUGCCUCAAAUUGGACGUUCAAUUUGGCCCUGGCCUUCUUCGUCCCACCUGCCUUUACAUACAUCCAGUGGAAGACUUAUAUGAUUUUCGGCACCUUUUGUGCAGUCAUGACGGUGCACAUCUUCUUUACGUAUCCCGAAACUUCUGGCAAGACGCUCGAGGAGGUGGACGAGCUUUUUGCCUCCAAAGUCCCCGCUUGGCGCAGCAAGAAUGCCACGCAGAAAUUUGAAGAUCGCGUGGCAGCCGUGGAGAAGUCGGCCGAUAUUGUUCAUCAUGAGAACAGAGAGACAACUUCGAGUUGA